AAAGGAGUAAAAUUCAUUAAGGCUUUGUUUGGGAGUUGGGUUUUGGAGGGGAAGGGAGGGAAAGGAAAGGCUUGUGAGUGCUAAACCCUUGUUUGUGAGUUUUAAAAAAAUAAGGGAAAGGUUUUGGGGGGUUUUGAAGGGGUUAAUUUAUCCAAUUUUAGAGUUCCCCCAAUUUGGGGGGUUUUGGAGGGUUAAAGAUACGAAUUGACCAUAUUACCCUUACAAUAAUACAAAAUUCCAAUUUUAGCCCUAACCUAAUUUCAUCUCAUUCUAACGAUUCAUUUCACUGUAACUGUGCACGCUCUCUCUUCUCCCGACGGCGACGUGAAUGGCGAUCUCAACCUGAACGGCGGCGAACGGCGGCGAGCGGCGGAGAAGGAAGUUGAACAACACAGUUUCCUUCAUCUCUCUCGAUCCUCUUUCUUCUGGUCGGAAGAUAAUAAGAAUGAGUCCUAAGGCGUUUUUGGACUUAUGCUCUAUAUUACAACAAGAGGGUGGUCUUCUACCAACACAAAGGGUAACCGUAGAGGAACAAGUUGCUAAAACUCUUUACCUUCUAACACACAAUGUUAGAAAUAGAGAGAUUCAAUUCUGGUUCCGACGCUCUGGCGAAACUACUAGUCGUCAUUUUCAUCGGGUGCUCCGAUCAAUAAUUGAGAUAGGGCGUACCUAUCUCAAACAACCAGAUGGAUCACGCAUUCCGAUAGAAAUUCUUGGAAAUCAUCGAUUUUACCCCUACUUUAAAGACUGCGUUGGAGCAAUUGAUUGUACACAUGUUCGUGUAAAAGUACCAUUGGCUGAAGCUUCAAGGUAUCGUGGUAGGAAAAGUUUUCCUACACAAAAUGUGUUGGUCGCAUGUUCUUUUGAUCUUAAGUUCACUUAUGUUUUGCCUGGAUGGGAGGGUACUGCUUCUGAUUCUAGGAUAUUAAAACAUGCACUACAGAGAAGAAAUGGUCUCAAAAUACCUAGAGGUAAGUUUUAUAUUCUUGAUGCUGGAUUCAUGUUGAGAAAGGGGCUAAUUACACCGUUUAGAUCAACACGUUAUCAUUUGAAAGAAUUCUCAGCCAGAAAUCCCCCUAGAACAGCUCAAGAGUUAUUCAACCUUCGACAUUCAUCGUUGCGUAAUGUUGUUGAAAGGGCUUUUGGAAUUGUGAAGAAAAGAUUUCCUAUCAUUUCAAGUGGCGCUGAAGCAACUUAUGGAAUCAAUACUCAAAAUUAUAUUAUCCUUGCAUGUUGCAUUUUGCAUAAUUUCUUGAUGGGGGUAGAUCCUGAUGAAGACUUGAUUGCUGAGGUAGACGAAGAAAUCGCCAAUCAAAGUGCAUCUCAAACUGGUCAUGGCCAUAUAGAAGUAGAUGAGGAUGAAGAAAAUUCAGAUUUAGGUCAAAAUUUUAGAAAUUCUAUACUUGGUGCCAUGUGGACCAAUUACCUAUCAUAUCAUAGUAGAUGAUAAUGAUUUACUUAGCUAUUAUUCAGUGUGUAUGUUUCCAAAUAGCUAUUGCCAAAAAUAUUGGAAACUUGUUUGUUCAAAAUAUUCUAUAAUUUGUAGCUUUAAGUGGAAGAAUGUGUGUUGUUAUUGUUUCUAAAUAUUGGAAACUUGUUUGAGUAACUUGGAUAUUGAUGUUCCUGAUAUAUUGAAUAAACAUACUAUUUGUUGCAACUGUUAUUCCAAGAGUCACCAAAGAAAGGUAUACAUGAGUUCAUCUCAAAUUUAUCUAUAAAUUUAUAUGAUGAUUUUAUAAUAUGAUAUCUUUUCUUCUAAUAUAACAGAAUCAUGUCUACCUCUAAAAGAGAGACAUGGACAACAGAGAUGAACAAUGCUCUUAUUGAUGCGUUUGUUCAUCAAGUAAGUGCGGGAAACAAACAAGGUGGGACCUUUACAUCAAUAGCAUACACCAAUAUAACAAAGGAGAUGUCCGAAAAGUUUCAAAGACCUUUUGACAAGGAAAAGGUGAAAGAUAGAUGGAAAUUGGUGAAAAGAAAUUUUACUAAAUGUCAUGACAUUUUCAAUGGCAUGAGCGGUUUUGCUUGGAAAUCAGACACACAUAUGUGGGAUGCUUUACCUGAAGUUUGGAAAACAUUAAUCGAGGCAAAACCUGAAGCUGCACAAUGGAUGAACAAACCUUUUGCCAAUUAUGACAAAUUGGUUAUUGCUUGUGGAGAUGAAAGGGCCACUGGAGGAAAGGUUAUGAAUGAUGAAGAUAUUCGCCAAAAUCAUCCCCUCAAUCGUGAGUCAGAAUCCAUUGGUACUAGUGACCAGGUGACACUAGAGAGUUUGCAAGAGGGCGGCAAUGAGCAGGAUGUCACUUCUCCUGAGGUCCAAAUUCCCCCAGAACCUAGAGCCAAAAGAUCUAGAAAGUCCCGAGAUGAAGAUGAAGUUGAAGGGAUAAAAGCUGCCCUUUUGAACGUUGCUGAUGCUUUUAGAGAGAGUACUGCAUCUCAUGAUAAGUAUUUUAAAGACAGCAUUGCAGCUUAUGAGAAAGCUAAUUUAAAACUUCCAAUUUCAGAAGAAGAAGUUUUUAAACUUCUUGAGGAAUUGCAAGUGGAUAGUCAUAUGAUCAUUCGGGCAUAUUCUUAUCUUCUAGAGUUUCCUGAGAAGGUUAGAGCUUUACUUGGACUUCCAAAACACUUGCGGAAGAGUUUUCUAUUAGAAUCGAUGGUUGGUCAAGGUUACUCGUCAAGGUAAUUUACCCAUUUUCUCAUCAAGUCAAUGUUAUAUCUUGGCAUUGGUGUAUGAGUAGGUUGAAGAUUGCAGCUUGUUUAUUUUAUUGAUAGUGUUUGUCUAUCACAUAUUAGAACCCACCUAUCAUCAUGCUACUGAUGGUUGUUUCAUCUCUACAUAUUGUUUUGGUCUCUAAUGAGGAUCUUGAAGUCCUAGAUUAUGACAUUAGUAUAGAAUUUUGUAAUCUUGUAUUGGGAUUUAGUUACUAGCAUAUUUGACACAUUUGUCAUUUUUAUGUCAUGUAUUGAUAUAACAGGAUAUGUUGCAUUUUCA